AUGAGCGGUCCCUUCGUGUACACCCCCAAUCAUGAGCCCGCCCCGCUCCCUUAUCGAAACAGCCCAUACCUACACCCAUUCUAUUCAUCGCCGAAUUCGCCGUUCAUCCCGCCGAUGUCUCUGAAUGCCUCACCGUACCAAGCUGUAUCUCCUUUGCCUGGAUCACCCAUUCUUGCGAAUUCGCCACUGGGCUCCCCUUAUGCUGCAAAUCAAGUCCAAUUUCCUGGGGGAUCGCCGGGCACCUCCCCAUAUGUCCCCGCUUGGGUGCGACCGCGUCGACAGUCUUGGAAUUCCGGGCCGUUUUUACGAGCGCCUGUCCGUCAAAGAACGUUGUCAGACUACACAAACUACUACACGACACCUCCAUUCGCGCCGGUGGCUGCCGCGGCCGGGUAUUGGCCCCAUCCUGGCCCACACUACCCUCCCUACUCUGCCCCAGUACCUACACAACUCUUUCUGCACCCUUUCCUUGAUGCACAGAAUCCUCGCUCUGAUGUGGUCUUCAACCUUGCCGCACCAGACUUCGCGCCGAUGAGAUACAUCGGAGCCAAUCAGACAGUACCUAUGACCCUCGAAGAGUUAGGGCAAACCGCCACGCAUCCUGCCAUCAGCGAACUCACAAUAUCGGCUGAUGUCUUCAUUCCUGGAUGGCCAUUUGACCUCAACUUCACCCUCUUCAAUCCUUACACGAAUGUCCACCCUCCGAUCAAGGUGGGCGAUGUCCUAAGCGCCAUAUACUACCAAUUGCAAAAGCAGAUAUCGCAGCAAGAUUGGGCAAGUCUCCCCCCUGAACUCGAGCAUGAGGUCGCAAAGGCAUACACGAAACGUUGCAAGUCAUUUGCACCAGGAGAACUAACCCUGCUAAAUCAAGGAGUCAAACAAGUCGAUUUCUUGAAGGGAAGAGUCUGGUUUAAGGGAUUACUGAAGGCACCUGACGGGUCGCUACACAUGAAAUUGGUUGCUGGGUGA